AACCCAGCUGUUCUUGUUCAUCUCUCAUCGCUCAUAUUACACUUAGCUGCCCCAAGAUCUGGUCUUAUAUAGAAAGAGAGAAAACAAACAAACAAACAGAGACAGAGACAGAGAAGAGGUUUCCUCUUUCUCUGCAAAGGUUAUCAAUCUUUUUCACAGAACAAGUAGAAGAAGAAGAUAGAUUUCUUAGGGAUCCGUUUUGUUUAUCAUUCACAGGAAUCAAAUUGAGGAAUGUAAAAGAGAUGGGGAGGAAAAAUUGGUUAGUUGCAGUAAAGAAAGCAUUCAGUCCUGAUUCUAACGAGAAGAGAGAUCUGAAAAGGAGUAAAUCAAAGAAGAAAUGGGGAUUUGGAAAAGAGAAACACCGGGAAACAACCUCUACUUCAGAGGUAGAAACUGUCCAAGAGCCACCACCUUUGCCAGUAGAGGUGGUGAAACUGGAGGAAGUCGAGAAUGAGCAAAACAAUUAUGGUCCUUCUGGUGCUGCAGCUGAGGUGGCUGUUACUGCUCCUGUUCAGACAGCUGUAGAGGUUGUUCGGCCUACAAUGAUAUCGCGUUAUGCGGGUAAAUCAGUGGAAGAGGUGGCUGCAAUCAAGAUUCAAACCGCCUUCCGAGGAUAUCUGGCUAGGAGAGCAUUGCGUGCUUUAAGAGGAUUGGUUAGGUUGAAAACGUUGAUAGAUGGGCAAUCCGUAAAACGCCAAGCCACAAACACUUUACGAAGCAUGCAGACUCUUGCUCGAGUACAGUCUCAAAUCCGUUCAAGAAGGAUCAGAAUGGCUGAGGAGAACCAGGCUCUUCAGCGGCAGCUACAGUUAAAGCGCGACAAAGAGCUGGAGAACCUGAAAGCCAGUAUGGGAGAGAAUUGGGAUGACAGUAUUCAAUCCAAGGAGCAAGUCGAAGCCAGCUUACAACACAAACAAGAAGCUGCCAUGAGAAGAGAAAGAGCACUGGCUUAUGCGUUCUCUCACCAGCAAAUGACAAAGAAUUCUUCACGAUCUAUGAACCCAAUGUUUAUGGACCCAACCAAUCCUCACUGGGGAUGGAGUUGGUUAGAACGUUGGAUGGCAGCCCGACCAUGGGAGUCCAGAAGCACCACCACCGAUAAAGAACUGAAUGAUCAAUCAUCUAUGAAAAGUGUAAGUCGCAGUUCAAUGGGUGUAGCAGAUAUAAGCAAAUCGUAUGCCCGUCGCGAACUCAAGGUGGACAAAUUUUCACCAACAGCACAGAAGCCACUUCGCCUUUCACCUUCUACUCCCCAGUCCAGAUUAACAACGUCAGGUGGGAAGUUAAAUUCAGCAAGUUCAGGAGGAAACUUGAAUGCCCAAGAUGAAGAUUGUAGAAGUACAUUCAGCAUGCAGUCAGAAAGGCCAAGGCGUCACAGCAUUGCUGGGUCAUCAGUAAGGGACGACGAGAGCUUAGCAAGUUCUCCUGCACUCCCUAGCUAUAUGAUACCUACUCAAUCAGCUCGCGCCAAAUCCCGACUUCAAAUCCCACUCUCAUCUGAGAAAAAUGAAAUAACUCCAGAGAAGGGAUCUUCUGUAACUGUGAAAAAACGGCUAUCUUUUCCAGCAUCUCCAGGGCCACGGCGACAUUCAGGUCCUCCCAAGGUGGACAGCACAUCCAUUAAGAAUAUUAGUGUAAACACAGAACCUAUUGCUGUGAGCAAUGGAGGGAGCAAUUAGGCUAGCCAAACUGAAAGAGGAUGGAAAGACACGGAAAAACAGAGGGACAGAAGAAAUGGGUUACAAAAAAAAAAUUGUAUCAUUAGGGAUUUGUAUGGAGUAACUAGUCUCUGAGGGGAAGAAGACCAAAUUAUGAUUUAUUAUUGGGGUGUUUGUAGUUAUGAAAUUUCUUUCUUAUUUUCUUCUCUUUCAUUUAUAAAAUGUUAUAACCUAAGAAUCUUUUGUCAAAAAAAUUUGUAUGAAUGGUUAGAAAUGAAAUCAUUCCCUUCAUUUGUGAUAG